AUGUUAUUAAACUGUAAGCAAAAAGCCUUAUUGUGCUUUAGCAUUAUUAUAAGUAUUGUAAUAAAGGUCUCUAGCAGUCAUUUGGAUAUAACAUCAAUUAAAUGUAAAAAUUCGGAUGCAUCUUUCGCUAAUUUUACAAAAUGUUUCAAUAAACGUAUAUCGCGUUGGAUAUCGGAAACCACAAUAAAUAUUACCUUUGCUAAUGCGAUAAAUAAAAUUAUUGGUAAAAUUGGUUUGUAUAAACUUUCCAAUAAUAAGUACAAUCAAUAUCUAUUUAAAGAAACUACAUUCGAUGGCUGUAAAUUUUUACUAAAACGUUCCAGUUUUCCCAUGGUGGACUAUCUAUACAAACAAAUUGAAAAGUAUACGAAUUUGAACCGUACUUGUCCAUUGAGGAAUUAUGUUUUAAUGAAUCGUAUGCGUAUAGACAUGGAAAAACAAAAAUGGCUGCCUUUGGCGAAUGGUGAUUAUUCAGUCUUUACCCGUUGGCUGGUGGCCGGCAAGGAGAGAUUCGCUGUAGAUUUCUAUUUUGCAUUUCGUGAGGAAAAAAACUAA